UCAAUUUAAAUAAUUUCCAGGUUGAGUAAGUUCUGUUUAGAGGCUAUACCGGAGAUUCUGAGUUGUCUUGUUGAAAUGGAGAAACCCAGUGAAAGUGUUUAAAAUUUUGAUGGUUAUAUAAAGGAUAUGAAAGAAACUAAUCCCAUUGCCAAACAGGUCAAUAAUUAGGGGACACAGCAUAAAGGCAAUUGGUAAAAGAACUGAAAAUGACUGAAAGAAUGUAGUUUUUCAUACAUUGGGUAGAAUCUGGACUGUACUGUCAGGAACGACAGUGCAACAAAUCCCAUUGUAACAUUUGGUAGAGAAGAGUUUGCGGGGUCAAGGGGAAAGAUCUACUGUAAGGGGCUUACAAUUUUGUUCUUUUAUGGAGUCAGAAUACAGUCAAUAGGUACAAUAGACUUCCAUGCUGUAACCAUUUACUGAUAUUGCAUUAAGGGAUAUAGAGUUAUACAAUUGAAGGUGUUGUGGAUAGUGUGGAGGGCUGUCAAAAACUACAGUGGGAUAUUGAUAGGAUGUAAAACUGGGCUGAGAAGUGGCAGAUGGAGUUCAACCCAGAUAAGUGUGAAGUGGUUCAUUUUGGGAAGUCAAAUACGAUGGCAGAAUAUAGUACUAAUGGUAAGACUCUUGGCAGUGUGGAGGAUCAGAGGGAUCUUGGGGUCCGAGUCCAUAGGACACUCAAAGCAGCUGCUCAGGUUGACUCUGUGGUUAAGAAGGUGUAUGGUGUAUUGGUCCUUAUCAAUCGUGGAAUUGAGUUUAGAAGCUGAAAGGUAAUGUUGCAGCUUUAUAGGACCCUAGUCAGACCCCUCUUGGAGUACUGUGCUCAGUUCUGGUCACCUCACUACAGGAAGGAUGUGGAAGCCAUAGAAAGGGUGCAGAGGGGAUUUACAAGGAUGCUGCCUGGAUUGGGGAGCAUGCCUUAUGAAAACAGGUCGAGUGAACUUGGCCUUUUCUCCUUGGAGUGAGGGAGGAUGAGAGGUGACCUGAUAGAGGUGUAUAAGAUGAUGAGAGGCAUUGACAGUGUGGAUAGACAGAGGCUUUUCCCCAGUGCUGAAAUGGUUUGCCAUGAGAGGGCACAGGUUUAAGGUGCUGGGGAGUAGUUACAGAGAUGUCAGGGGUAAGUUUUUUACUCAGAGUGGUGAGUGUGUGGAAUGGGCUGCCAGCAAAGGUGGUGGAGGUGGAUACGAUAGAGUCUCUUAAGAGGUUUUUAGAUAGGUACAUGGAGCUUAGUAAAAUAGGGGGCUAUAGGUAAGCCAAGUCAUUUCUGAGGUAAGGACAUGUUCGGCACAACUUCGUGGGCUGAAGGGCCUGUAUUGUGCUGUAGGUUUUCUAUGAAUUGCACUGCGGUUUAUAAUAACAACCCUUUGGGCCAACUCAUCCAUGCCUCCUGAAGUAGUCACCCUUGACUGCAUUUGGCAUGUCCCUCGAUCCAGAAUGGUCUUUAAAUGUCGUCAUUAUAUUACACGCAAAUGCUGGAGGAACUCAACAGCUUCUAUGGAAAUGAAUAAAUAGACGACGUUUCGGCCGAGACCCUUCUUCAAGACUGGAAAGGAAAGGGGGAGACACCAGAAUAAAAGGAUUUGGGUGGGGAGGGGAAGGAGGAUAGCUAGAAGGUGAACAGGUGAAGCCAGGUGGGUAGAGAAGAUAUUGGGCUGGAGGAGAAGGAAUCUGAUAGAGGAGAAUAGACCAUGAGAGAAAGGGAAGGAGGUGGAGAUCCAGGGGGAGGUGAUAGGCAGGUGAAAAGAGGUAAGAGUUUGGAGUGGGGAAAUGAAGAAGAGGAGAGGGGGAGGGAUUUUUUUUUACCAGAAGAAGUGAGCAGUGCAGGGUAAGAGAACUGAGUUUGCUGGUAGUGGAUGGGAGUUCUCCAGAGUUGGUGAGGUCAGUUUUGGUGUUAGAGACAGGUUUCGAAGGGUCCUGGAAUGGGGAACUCUACAGUGGUAGGUCUGACGAGGUGCCCGAGGGUUGUAGCCUGGCCUCAGCAAGGUAGAAGUCAGUCUGCCACAUUGUAACACAUUGUAAAUGCCCCCUUUGUCUGUGGGCUUGUACCCCCUUCUGCCACCUUCUCUGGCAGCUUGCUUAUCCCACAUACCUACCUCUGUGUGUAAAAGAGUUGCUUCUUUGGGACCAGCGACUAGAGGUUGGAGGCCUGGAGACAUCCUGUCUGGGGGCUGGAGGCAUGUCUAUGUGUGUGUAAGUGGGAAAGGGGCUUGUUUUGCUGUUGUAAUUAAUGUUUUUGCUUAUAUUGUUCUGCCGAGCUCGCUGGGCAUUCUACGUCAGCACCAGAAUGUGUAGUGACACUUGCACACUGCCCCCAGCACAUCCUUGGGUGAGUUGGUUGUUAAUAAAAAGAGAAUAGACUUUGUCAUUGAUCAAGACAUUGAGAUUGUAAAGCUAAGCAGAUAUUUACAAUGCAUGCGGUAUGGCUUAAUUUAAAAAUAAUCUCAUAUUUACAUGCAACAAGUGACUUUAAUGGUCCAUAUCACUCAAAGGCGAUUGCAAGCUGGGGUGUCGCAUUAUUCAGCUGCACAACAGCCUUUGGGAAGAAGCUGUUUUUCAGUCUUACUGUCUUGGCUAAGAUGUUCCUGUAUCUCCUACCAGAUGGCAGGAAAUUGAACAGACAGUGUCUGGGAUGGGAUGGGUCUUUAAUGAUGUUGCAAACAUGCCGUAGGCAUCGAGAGUUGUAGCUGGUCUCCAGGUCUGAUAGUUGAGUCCCAAUGAUGUGCUGAGCCGUCCUAAUCGCCCGCUGGAGUGCUUUGUGAUCUGUCUUGCCGCAGCUGGAGUGUGCUCUCAAUCGCACAUUGAUAAAAGUUGGAUGGAAAUUUUCAGAGCAGAUUAGCAAUGACACAUUACAUUUUAUAGCGUAAUGUAUAUUUGAUAAAUAAAUGAAUCAUAAUCUUAAUCAGAAUGUGAAUUUGAAUCUGCCCUGGGAUUGAUGGAGGCAAGGUAUUUCUAUCUGUCACGUAGAGUCUGACAAGUAAACAGGAGUUUGGGCUAUCUAACUCUGUUACAUCUGGUCCCUUUGCAGCCUCCUCAUUACUGUGAUCAUUUCCUCUCCUCUUAUGUUUAUCCAGCUUCCCUUUAAAAUGAUCACACCCAGAGUCUCGCAGGAUAAGAGAGUUGAGCUACCGAUCAGCCAGGGAGCAGAUGAGCAUUGGGAGCGAAUGGCCUGCUUAUGUUCUGACCUUCUCCCAUGAACCAUGCUUCCCAACAACUCCCCACAGCCACAGUAGUUCCUAACUCUGGUGAGCAGUAGUUCCUCUGGAUAAUCCAGCUGGCCGCAGCUGUUACUGCCGGAGUCUCUGUCCAACAUGGUGUGCGGUACAGAAUGCUCGGUCCCACACGAGAGGCUGGGCCACCCCGAGGAAACAAACUCUCACAUUUAAAAAGAAAGAGCUGCAGAAACACGUUACAACUGUUCUUGAAGAAACAGAUGUUUGCUGUGGUAAACAAGAGAUUUUGCAGAUGCUGAAAAUCCAGAGUACACACACAAAAUGCUGGAGGAACUCAGCAGGUCUUGGUAGAGGAAUAAAUAAUCAACAUUUUGGGCCAAACCCUUCAUCAGGUCCUGAUGAAGGGUCUCGGCCCAGAGCGAUGACCUGUCUUCAUGGAUGUCUUAAAAAGUGGAAUUAGAAAAUGUUGGAAACACUUAGGAAAGGUUCAAGUUCAGGAAUCUUCAUUAGAACCUCUGCCCUAGAAGGGGCUUUGAUCUUUGCAUGAGUGGGCCCAAGCAAACUUUUUCCACCAGUUAUCUCCCAGCUUCUCACUUCAUUUCCCCUCCCCAUCCACCCACCAACCCCUCACCUAGUCUCUCCUAUCACCUGCCAACUCCCUCCUCUCCCCCAACUCUUUUCUGGCUUCUGCCCUCUUCCUUUCCAGUCCUGAUGAAGGGCCUUGGCCAUUUCCUCCAUUGAUGCUGGCAGACCUGCUGAGUUCCUCCAGCAUUUCAUGUGUGUUGCUCUGUAUUUCCAGCAUCUGCAGAACCUCUGGCAUUUAGCAGACUCUACCUGGAGUCACUGCAUGAUGUUCACAAUCGAGAACCUAGUCUGAUCUUUGCUCUGUCCAGCCUGACAUGCUGAGGAAGGAAGAGCCUCCCUGUUGCACUGCGAGGACAGGACAGCAGCGUCAGGUUUCUCUGGAUUUCCAAAACAAUUGGACGGCGGAUUCUCAAAGUUUAACUCUAACUGUGAGUGAUUGCUCCCUCUAGUGCUUGCUCAGUCAGUGACCGUGUUCAAACCCAACACUGAUAGACUUUUUGGGUUCUGAAUGGGGAUUGCACAGUGACCCGGAACUCAAGGCAGGCAAUGAUCCAUGAAAGGCCCAACCUACAUCACAAGUUAAUCUGCAAGAAGUGGUGGGAAAGAGCCUUAAUUUUGUUAAUUGGGAUCAUUUGAAAAAUCUAAUGGAAAUUUUCCUCCCUGGGGAGAAACAGCAGCAACAGCAAAACAUGCUUUAUCCUCUGUAAACAUCUAAAUCCUGUCUAUGGAGCGUUUUACUCCCACCCCUCUGGCAACAAUCGUUUGUUUUCAACAACAUUACUUGGUUCGUUGGAUCUCAUUCCACCAAUCUGGGUCCUCGACUGGACAGACUUGGAGAGGUCUUCUGAAGAGACAGACACCAAUCACCUCCCAGCUUCUUACUUCAUCCCCACUCCCCCAGCCACUCACCAUCCCCUUCACCUGGUCUUACCUACCACCUACCAGCUUGUACUCCUUCCCCUCCCUCCACCUUCCUAUUCUUGCUUCUGCCCCCUUCCUUUCCAAUCCUGAUGAAGGGUCUCGGCCCAAAGCAUUGACUGUUUAUUACUCUCCUUUGAAUUUUGAAAUAUUCAGCGAUCGCCAGUGUCCACAGAGUCAGUGACCCCUAACUGAAUGACUGCUUGCUCCUUAGAACGGUGCACAAGGCUCCAGGAUCAGGAAGGGAAAGUCAGCUAAUUACCAUCCUGACGAAGGGUCUCUGCCUGAAGCAUCAGCUGUUUAUUCCCCUCCAGAGAUGCUGCCUGACCUGCCGAGCUCCUCCAGCAAUUUUUUGUGUUACUCAGGAUUUCCAGCAUCUAUUUUUCUAAUUAUGAUUUAUAAUUUAAAUUUUUAUUAUACUUACUUUGACUUGACAUAGCUGAAAUGUCUAUCCCUGGAAACAGCACCAUGAAAUCCUUCUGCAGCCACUUCAGUGUAAUCAUAUACUUCCUACAGUUUUGGAUCUAGAAGUGUAGCUGUGGACUAACCAAAGCAUUUGAUUAAUGCUCAGCAUUGUAGCUGCUCUGCCCAAGACCACAAGAAAAUUCAGAGUCGUGGACACAGCUCAGUACAUCACAGAAGCCAGCCUCCCCUUCAUGGACUCUGUUUAUACUUCCACUUCCUUGGUAAAGCAGCCAGCAUAAUGUUCACUCUGUUCGUUCACUCUUCUCGCUCCCCUCCCAUCAAGCUGAAGACACAAAAGGCUGAAAGUGUGCACCAGUCAGCUGGAAGACAGUUUCUACCCUGUUGUUAAAAACUAUUGAGGUUUCCUAGCAUGAUAAAAUGAACUUGCCCUCCCAAUCUACCUUGUUAUGUCCUUGCACCUUAUUGCCUACCUGCACUACACUUUCUCCGUAAUUGUAACACUUUACUCUGCAUUCUGUUAUUGUUUUCCCUUGUUCAUCCUGAAUGUUCUGUGGAAUGAGUUUACCUGUAUGAACAGGUUUGAUUUUCACCGUCUCUUAGUUCACGUGACGAUAGUAAACCACAUAAUAGUCUAGCAGUUAGUGUAAUUGCUUUACAGCAUCAGCUGUAAGAUUGGAGUUCAAUUCCUGCCGCUGUCCAUCAGGAGUUUGUACAUUCUUCCUGUAACUGUGCAGAUUUCUUCGAGUGCUCCAGUUUUCCACCCGUACUUCAGAGACAUAUGGGUUAGGAUUAGUGAGUUGUGGGCAAGCUAUGUUGGUGCUGGAAGCAUGGUGAGACUUGCAGGCUGUCAGAUUGGAGGCUACCUGGACAGAACUGUAUGUUUUGUUGUUUCAAUGUAGAUGUGGACAAAUAAAGCCAAACUUUAGAACUUUAUUUACAAACUUCAUCAGCUUAACAAGUUUAUCUGCAUGUGCAACAAGGGUCCUUGGACUUAAACAGUGGGUGUUGCAGUUACUUAGUAUUUUCUAUGCCCCACAUUAUUUAUUUAUUGAGAUGGAGUGUAGAACAGGCCCUUCCUGCCCUUUGAACCAUGCUGCUCAGCAACCCCACAAUUUAAUCCUAGACUAAUCACAGGACGAUUUACAAUGACCAAUUAACCUGCCAGCCGGUACGUCUUUGGACUGUGGGAGGAAACAAGAACACCCGGAGGAAACCCAUGCGGUCACGGGAAGAACGUACAAACUCCUCGCAGGCAGCAGUGUGAAUUGAACCCAGGUCGCCGGUCCUUUAAACUAUUGUGCUAACCUCCAUGCUGCCAUUCCAUUCCUCAUUGUGCAAUUUAGUUCUCCGUAAGUGCAUUACUCUUAAACUUCAUCUGCCAUAUCUCUGCCCAUUUUUCUCGCUCACUAAUAUCAUCCUGUAACUUACAACCAUCCUCCUCUCAAUCAACAAUAUUAUUGAUUUCUGUGUCACCUGCAAACUUACUGAACUUCCUAUAUCUAUGAUCAAGUCAUUGAUACAUACAAAAAAGUACAGGUUCCAUGAGAGGUCUCCAAUCAUAACCCCCCCCAAAAAAAACACUAUCUUUAUUCAGCAUUCUGCUAUUGCUUUUUCUUUGUCCUAUCUCGAUGCACCAUUGUGAUGAAAUGAUCUGCAAGCAGGAUGUACAAGACAAUGUUUUUCACUCGACCUCGCUACAUGUGACAAUAAUAAACCAACAACCAGCCGUCUGCCUCCUAUCAUCAUGCUCUGCCUCCUAUCACCAAUUUUACCAUAGAACAUAGAACAGUACGGCACAGGAACACGCAUUCCAGCCCACAAUGUUAUGCCAAACCAGUUAAAAAAAAUAAAUUAACCGCCCAAAACCUAAUCCCUCCAAUUUACACUGUGUCCCUACACCUCCAUCUUCCUCACAAUCAAAGCUUCAAUGUGCAUUUAUUAAAGAAUGUAUGAACUAUUCAACCUUGAGAUUUGUUUGCUUACAGGCAGUCGCAAAGCGAGGAGCCCAAAAGAACCCGAUUAAAAGCAAUAAUACCAACCCCGCAGGGCCCACAGAGAAAGAGAAGAAAAAACACAAAGCAAAUUUUAAAAAACAAUAGAAAUGAGCAACAAUGAAAGCAUUCUGAACCAAAAUGAGUCUUCAGGUCCAGAUCCCUGGAGUAGGCGCUAAACCUUGGUAUUCAGUUUGUAACAUUAGUGGGGCAAAACACUGCAAAUUUUGCAGAUGCGAAACACAGCAUCUGGGGCAGUCUCCAGCAUUCUUAACCACCUCAUUGACCUGUGAACUUAGAUCCCUAGAUCUCUGUGCUCAGCAACUCACUUAAGGGGCCCAAUGUUGGGUCCCAUUUGCCAGCACCCUGGAUUCCAUGGGCUCUAACGUUUCAGGCCAGUCUUCUCUGAUCUGACUUUACUGAAGUCUACAGAAACUACACACACACUGACUUCAUGAUAACAUUUAGUUACCUCUUGGAAAAAAUCAAUUAAAUCGGUCAAAAAAUAUCUCCCCAAACAAAACCAUUCUAAAUAUCCCUGAUUGAUUCUUGUCUUUUCAAGUAGAAAGUUAGCAUUCUUUUCCAUGGAUUUCCCUGCCACUGACAUUGGACUCUGUGGCCGAUAAUUACCUGGCUAAGUUCUUCAAUAGAAGUACAAUGUUUACUGUUUUCCAGUCAUCUGGCAGCUCACCCAUGGCUGACGAAGAUGUAGGAAAACAGCAGCCUCCUCCCCUGCUUCCCAAUGCAGCCUGUUUUGAUCAUACCAGAUGAUUCAAUUCAUCUAAUCCUUUAAUUCCCUGAGGGAUUUCUCUGUCUUGUUUAAUAUAUUUUUCAAGAAAACAGUAAAAUUCUAAUCCAGCUUUGAUUUAGGGUCUAAGAUGUAAUAGACUAGAAAUUCGAUUGGUCAUGCUGUUUAUCACAAUGUUAAUCCAUUGAUAAUUCAGGAUGGAUUGAAAUGGGAUAAGCGCUCACUUCUGAGCGGUUUGUGUCUCGGAACUUGCUGGUUUGUGUUUCUGUUGCAAUUUUAACAAUAACUUAUUUAUGUAUAAUUCUUUAUAUUUUUAUCAGAAUCAGGUUCAGUAUCACCUGCAUUUGUUGUGAAAUUUGUUGUUAUACAGUAACAGUAAUUACCAUACGUAAUAGUCAAACUGUAAAGUACAGUAAAUAUAUAUAUGUAUAUGAAAUGUUAAAAUAAAUUAAUAGUGCAAAAAGAGGAAAAAAAGAAGUUAGGUAGUGUUCGUGGGUUCACUGUCCAUUCAGAAAUCUGAUGGCAGCGGGGAAGAAGCUGUGAGUGUGUGCUUUCGGGCUCCUGUACCUCCUCCCUGAUGAUAGCAAUGACAAGAGGGUAUGUCCUGGGUGAUGAGGGUCCAUUAUGACGGAUGCCACCUUUUUGAGGCAUCACUCCUUGAAGAUGUUCUGGAACCUGGGGAGGCUAGUGCCUGUGAUGGAGCUGACUAAGUUGACAACUUUCUACAGACCAUUCUGAUCCUGAGCAGUAGCUGCACCCCGCCUCCCCCACCACACCUCUCCACACCAGACAGUGAUGCAGCCAGUUAGAAUGCUCUCCAUGGUACGUCUGUAGAAAUUUGCGAGUGUCUUUGAUGACAUAGCAAAUCUCCUUAAACUUCUAAUGGGUGCUAUCGUGGUUUCUUUGUAAUUGUUGAAUGUUGUUUUUUUUUGUUGCCUGUCGUGCCCGGACCAACAAACCACAGCGAAGUUCUAAAACAUGUAAAUGUACAGAAAUAGCAAAUAAAGCUGAACAACUAAACCCCACCACCAAUUCUAAUCACAGAUACCAUCACUGUGGUCCUCUCUCCAAUCUGACCCAACCAACUCACUUCCACCCCUCUACUAGGGCCGCCUGCUCUGGCCCUCUCUCAACAUUGCUCAGUUUGGUUGGUACACUGCUUUUGUAGGGGAGAGUGAAGCUUGUUCAGUCAUGUUGGGUUACUGCACAAAAGGCCCAUCACUGAAUGUUCCCUGGUACAUUGCUACAAUGACCCUACUAUGCACAAUCUCUAGGCCAUCCUUCUGGGAAAAUCACAUCAAAGUCCAGGCAGUCUGGCUUAAGGCAGGCAGGUAUUAUCAGAGAGCCUUUGGAUUAGGAACGGGGCAGAACAGCCCUCCUUCUAAUUCCCUCUCUGCCGAAGAUUCAAGAUUGUAUGUUGUCAUUCUUCAGCACACAGGUGUAAAAGGGAGCAAAAUGAUUGUUCAAAGUUUAAAGCUUAAAGUAAAUUUAUUAUCAUACAACCCUGAGAUUCAUUUUCUUGUGGGCAUACGCAAUAAAUCUAUAGAAUAAUAACCAUGAGGUUAAUGAAAAGCCACCCAACUUGGCUGUUCAACCAGAGUGCAGAAGACAACAAAAUGUGAAAUAUAAAAAGAAAGAAAUAAUAAGUAAAUAAGCAAUAAAUAUCAAGAACUUGAGAUGAAGAGCCCUUAAAAGUGAGUCCAUUGGUUAUUAUUCCAGAUCCACUGGAGACUCCACAUCUGGCUUUGGAAAUGUGGAGCCCUUGCAUCUCACCUGUUCCCCAGGCCCAAGGUGUGGCAUGGAUGCUGUUUUACUAAAUGCGAAAGAUUCUGCAGAGGGGAAUAAACAGUCUAAAUUUUGAGCUGCGGCCUUUCAACAGGACUGGAAAGGAAGGGUGGAAGAGAUAUAGGGCUUCAGGAGAUAGAAUCUGAUAGGAGAGGACAAUGGACCAUGGAAGGAGAGGGAGAAGAGGAACCAGAGGGAGGUAAUUUCUUCCUCACCUGCCCAAUUCCUCUUUUCUUCACAGCUCAUAAUAUUACCAAAGGAACACACACAAAUGCUGGAGGAACUCAGCAGAUCAAGCAGCAUCAAUGGAGAGGAAUAAAGAAUUGGUGUUUCGUCCUGAGACCCUUCAUCAUGCUGUUAUCCUGUUUUGUCUGCUUCUCCUCGGACUAUCAGACCAGCACAAACCAAAGUUCCUCAGUGGGUCCUUGUGCCUCAUUCAACAUUGACACAAAAUGGCCAAAAAUCAUCAGGGGCUCUGCAGAAGCACAGUUUGGAUACACUGUUCAGCAGCAUGAAGCCAGUGGGCAAAAAUGGCUUCUCGUUGGUGCCCCUUGGGCCAACGUUGGAAAACAGAAGACCGGCGAUGUGUACCGGUGUCCAGUGAAAAACCAGACUAGCUACGGAUGUGGAAAGCUCAAUUUAGGAAGGGUAUCUCUCCCCUACGUAUCAGAGCACAAAGAUAACAUGCGCCUUGGGAUGACAUUAACCAGCAACCCACAGGAUCACUCCUUUGUGACCUGCGGGCCGCUCUGGUCUCACGAGUGUGGAAGCUCCUACUACAGCACCGGCAUCUGCUGCAAGAUCAGCUCCAACUUCAAAAGUGCACGGGCCUUUGCACCCGCCAUCCAACGUUGCGAGACAUACAUGGACAUUGUGAUAGUUUUGGAUGGUUCCAAUAGCAUUUAUCCUUGGUAUGAAGUCCAGAAUUUCCUGAUAAACAUUCUGAAGAAGUUUUACAUUGGACCUGGCCAAAUACGGCUGGGAAUCGUUCAAUACGGGGAGACGGCAGUUCACGAGUUUGAGCUGAGGGACUACAAGUCCGUUACAGAUGUGGUCAAAGCUGCACGGAACAUCGAACAGCGAGGAGGGACAGAGACCAACACAGCUCAUGGCAUUGAGAUCGCACGCUCUGAGGCAUUCAGUGUCAGGAGGGGUGCGAGACCAGAGGCCAAGAAAGUGAUGAUUGUCAUAACCGAUGGUGAGUCCCAUGACAGCCCCCACCUGAAACAAGUGAUUGAGGACGCCGAGCGUGACAACAUCACGAGAUACGCCAUUGCGGUCCUUGGUUACUACAACCGAAGAGGAAUCAAUCCAAGUGACUUCCUAAAGGAGAUCAAAUUCAUAGCAAGCCACCCGGAUGAGAAACAUUUCUUCAAUGUCUCUGAUGAGUCGGCACUGAAGGAUAUUGUGGAUGCCCUUGGAGCUCGGAUCUUCAGACUUGAAGGAACUAAUAUUCAGAAUGAAACAUCUUUUCAGUUGGAAAUGUCGCAAGCAGGAUUUUCAACACAUUUUGUGGAGGAUGGGAUACUUCUUGGAGCUGUAGGGGCCUAUGACUGGACAGGUGCCAUCUUAAAGCAAACCAGCUAUGGGCGAGUGAUUCCUCCCAGGGAAGCAUAUCUGAAGGAAUUCCCAGAGGAACUGAAGAACCACGGAGCCUACCUUGGGUACACUGUUACCUCAGUGAUGCCAAGGUCAGGAAGGCGAUGGUACGUGUCAGGUGCUCCCAGGUUCAACCACACUGGAAAGGUCAUUAUAUUCACAAUGAGGAACAAUGGAAACAUCACAGUGCAGCAGUCACUGAAGGGACAACAGAUCGGCUCCUACUUUGGAAGUGAGAUCACCCCAGUGGACGUGGAUGUUGACGGAGUGACAGACAUCUUGUUGGUUGGUGCCCCCAUGUAUUUCAGUGACGGCAAGGAGAAGGGUAGAAUCUACAUCUACUCUCUCAGCAAGAGGGUUUUCAUUUUCAAUAGUUUUCUGGAAAUUUCCGACACCACACAAAACUCUCGCUUUGGCUCCGCCAUCGCUGCUGUUCGCGAUCUCAACUAUGACACGUUCAACGAUGUGGUGGUGGGAGCACCGCUGGAAGAUGACCACCGUGGAGCAGUCUACAUAUUUCACGGACACAACAGAAACAUCCUGAAGAGCUACAAACAGCGUAUCAGUGCCUCAGAGGUCAGUCCUGGCCUGCUGUACUUUGGCCGCAGUAUCCAUGGACAGCUGGACAUGAACGAUGACGGGCUGGUGGAUCUGGCAGUUGGAGCUCUUGGCAGCGCCGUCCAGUUAUGGUCCCGCAGCAUUAUCCAGGUCAAUGCCAGCAUGAGGUUCGAACCACCCAAGAUCAACAUCUUCAACAAAGACUGCAGGAGAAAUGACAAGGAGUGCAGCUGUAUGGCCAUCUUCAUCUGUUUCACAGUCACGGCCAAAACACCGGGACUUCAGAACAACACCCUGGCCAUAAUGUACAACAUUUCUAUCGAUGAACGAAGAUUCACCCCCAGAGCACUCUUUGAUGACAACUUCGAAAAGUAUAUCCACAGUAACAUCAGCGUGGAGCCGGAGCUGGAAACGUGCGACCAGUUCAAUUUCCACGUUCUGGAUACACUGGAUUAUGUGAGAUCCAUAGGAUUCAUAUUGGACUUCGGCCUCAUAGAUCCCGAAUAUGGCCCGGUUUUGGAUGACGGAUGGCCAACGUCAGCCAAAGGCACGGUUGGCUUCUGGAGCGACUGUGGUGAGGAUGAACACUGCGUGCCAGACCUGUCCCUACGAGCUCGUACUGACAUCUAUGGUAGCAGCCAGUUUCCCUACACUAUUCAGGACACGCGGCGGAGGUUGGUUGUGGACACCUGGCUGGAGAAUAAGCGGGAGAAUGCCUACAGCACCAUCCUCAACAUCACCUUCUCCAGGAACCUGCAAUUUGCCAGCCUCACACAGAAGGAUGAUUCGGACAUGAAAAUUGACUGCAACGUGUUGGAGAAAUGGUACCACGGCAAAGUGUGCACGGUCGCUUACCCAGUGUUCAGGUCCCAGUCCAAGGUGACUUUCCGUCUGGAGUUCGAGUUCAGCCGUUCCAUCUUCCUGGACAAUGUGGAACUAACUGUUACUGCCAGCAGUGACAGUGAAGAAGCAGAAGAAACUCUUCAAGACAACACGUACCAUCUCCACGUUCCUGUGCGAUAUGAAGCAGAUAUCCUUCUCACCAGGAAAUCCAGUCCAGAUCGCUAUGAUUUGAAAUCAGUGGAAGAGCUGCAGGAAAAUGGAGAUUUCGACCCCCCGUUUAACUUCUCCUUCACAUUCCAGAAUCUGGGCCAAUUCACCAUUGGACACCUGGUGAUCAGGGUGACCAUUCCCACGGCAACCAAAGGUAACAACCGUCUCCUGAUCCUGAACAACUCCACCAUUCUGGGAGAUGAGAUCCAGUGCCUCGUGACCAGUCAUUCAGAAGCCCGACACUGGCAGCUCCCUGGACGAAAAACUUUUGCAGAGGACCUGAGGCACAUUGAGAUGCUGAAUGCUAGCAAUGCUAAAUGCACUCUCCUCAUGUGUGAAGUGAAGAAUUUUAAAACUAAUGAAGAGUACACCAUUCAACUUUCAGGAAGACUCUUGACUGAUUCUCUCAUGGGCCUCAGGUUCGGGUCACUGUUUCUUGUCACCACGGCAACACUGGACAUUCAGGAGCCUAAGGUCAUGUUUGUAAAGGAGGCGGGCAGGAUCCGACAUAUAACACUUCACAUGACCAAGCAGUGGGAGUCUGAGGUACCACUUUGGAUUAUCAUUGGAAGCUCAUUAGGAGGGCUUCUUCUACUAGCAUUACUCACUCUUGCUCUAUGGAAGCUGGGCUUUUUCCAAAGUGCUUAUCGCAAGAGGAAGGAAUACUUGUCAGCUCCAAAUGGUCACGUCGGGCACUUAAAGAAAACAAACCUCUGAAGUCAUGACUGUCGAAGCAAGUGCUAAAGAUGUGUAUUUAUUCAUCCAUACUGCGCUCAAUGAGAAGAGGGCAUGGGCAAAUAAUUGCUGUGUGCCCAGGAUCAGCACACCAGACACACCUUCCUGUACUAUUGUUUUCUGUUGACACCUCGCACUCAAUUGGUUUUCUAAGGUGCAAUACACUGUACUCCCCAGCACAGACACCCUGUAAGGAAAUAUGUUCUAACAGGGGUGUGAUGCAGUUUACAUUUUUUACUUGGAAAGUUGAACUUUGAUUGACUGUGCUCACUGUGGAAGUAAAUGGUACUAGCCAAGCCACUGUCCUUUUAAGUUGUGCGUGGGGCCUUUCUAAAACAACAGAAACAUGACUUGCAAGAUAGUCUUUUUCUACAAAAUACUGGCAAUGUGCCAACUUUGCUUGAGGCUUCCAUAGGAUUUAUUAUGUUAAACUAAGUAACAAUUUUAAAUAAUUUACAGAGUAUGUUUGUCGUUGCUGUUUCAAGUGUGAGGAAGCCACGACCCAGAUACGUUUUGUAUUCCUCUCUGGUAUUUCUACCACUCUGCACUAGAUAGACACAACACUGAGGGGCAGGAACAGGUAUGCUAUUUCAACAUCCAUCAUUUUGUACACCCAAUUCAGCCCCCACUGCUACAAAGAAAAUAAUCUCACUCAAGCCAAUUUUCUACCCUUCCUUUGGAGUGGUACUGGAGGAUCUAUGGAUAGAAGAUAGAGAAAUCUCUGUGAAACAUAAUCUUGCUGUUAAUUUGUUCUGUACUUCAGGCAUUUUCAGUUAUUAAUACAGAUUAUCAAGCAUUCCUAUUUUUUCUCCUGCCCAUACACAUAAUGUAAAAUGUAAAGUUCGGGUGAAUAGGUUGAACUGCAAUAAAUUACUUCUAGGUAUCUAAAGCUUCUAAAACUUUCCAGCAAAGUCCAACCAAUAGAAGAUUUUACACUUAAGUUCUCCUCAAAUGUUAAAUAAUCAUACUUGAGUAAAAUUCCUGUGCUUUGGAUAUUACAGACUCUGUAUUAUAUGUAAAACAAUUCUUAUAUAUGUAAAUAUUUGGAAAGAUUUUGCAUUUAAAAUUCAAAGUGUUGAAUAUUUGUAAUUAUGCAAGACUAUGGACAAUGUGGUUUAUCCAUUGUUUGAGGUUGCUUGUUUUUAUUAAAACAUGAAAAGGGACAGGUAGCUCUUGUUGAAUGCAAUAAUUAGUUCCUAAAUCACAUUGUUGUGGAAUAGGCUGUGGUAACCAUCAAAGCACAGUUAAAGUAUGCUUUCCCAAUCCUGAUAAUAACCAAUGCAACUGGCAUAAUGCAAACGGUGUCUAUUAAUCCAUCAAUCAUGCUAUAGCCAAUUCAUGCUAUGUUGUAGCAGAACUACCUGCAGAUGACUUAAUAAGAGCACUAGUUGAGAACCUGCAGAGCCUCAUCCUUGGGUCGGAGGUUUAAGUAAAAUAGGCAGCAAUAUCGUCUGUAGUUCUCUUGCUACCAUCAUUUCACUUCUUGCAUUAUCCAGAGCAGGGAUUCCCAACCUGGGAUCCAGAGACUCCUUGGUUAAUAAUAGGAGUCUAUGGCAUUAAAAAUAAGGUUGGGAAUUCCUGAUCUAGAGAUUUGCCAAGAUUUCAAUUGGCUUCAAUUUCUUUUUUUUUUAAUGUGCUUGUUGUACCCAUUCAUACAGAUCAUUUUUUCAAAGGCACGAGCAUUUCAAGCUCUUUUUAAGCCACUCCAAUAUCAAAACAUUCCACAUCCUGGAGACAGGAUUUAAGAGAGAAUUCAGUGUUCAAGAUGAACAUCUCCAAAGCUGGCAAGG